AUGGAUGAAGAAAAGCGUGUGGCGGUUCUACCAUGGCUGCGCCAUCCCGUCGACCUCACUCGCGGUGAACAACUCUGCGUUCGUAUGGUUCCUUUCAUGGACCGCAGGUUAAAGUCGGUUCUAGAGAACAUGGAGAUCUCGAACCUCUUCCCAGUUCAAGUGGCGCUUUGGCAUGAAACUGUGGGACCAGGUAACUUUGAACGAGAUCUUUGCAUAAACUCGCCCACAGGAAGUGGCAAAACCUUGGCCUAUGCUCUUCCAAUCGUGCAAAAGUUGUUACCUUCUUCCACAAUCAAGUGCCUUCGUGCUUUGGUUGUGGUUCCCACCCGUGACCUUGCCUUGCAGGUUAAACAGGUUUUCGACGCCCUUACAUUGCCAUUGGGCCUGCGUGUUGGCUUGGCUGUUGGUCAAUCUUCGGUUGUUGAUGAGAUUUCUAGUCUCGUACACGUACCGGGGGAAGAGGAGGGUCCAAAUCCUGGGUUUUUCUCUCCGUUCUGGUUUCAAAGCAAGGUGGACAUAUUGGUGGCAACCCCCGGAAGGCUUGUGGACCAUGUGAACAUGUCUAGGGGUUUCACAUUGAAGCAUCUUCGUUAUCUAGUAGUUGAUGAAGCAGAUCGGUUGCUCCGGGAGGACUACCAGUCCUGGUUACCGACUGUACUUAAAUCGACACAAUCUAACAACGAUGAUGUUACUGGGGAUGAUGAUGUUUUCCAAUUGGGUGGAGUUGAGAGGGGGUCCAAUCCCCACCAUAGGCUGGCAAAGGUGGUUUUAUCUGCGACAUUAACUCGGGAUCCAGGAAGGCUUGUUCUGCUUAAUUUGCAUCACCCUUUAUUCCUAAGUGCUGGACAAAUGCGUUAUCGUCUCCCAGAAAACUUGGAAGCAUACAAACUGAUCUGUGAAAGAAAGGUCAAACCCUUGUACUUGGUUGCCCUUUUGAAAUCCCUGGGAGAAGAAAAAUGCGUAGUUUUUACAAAAUCUGUGGAAUCUACCCAUCGUCUCUGCAAAUUACUUAAUUGUUUUGAAGAUCUGCAAAUUGAUAUCAAGGAGUAUUCUGGUCUUCAACAUCAACGGGUAAGAAGCAAGACACUAAAUGAAUUUCGAAAAGGGGAGUUUCAAGUGCUUGUAUCUUCUGAUGCAAUGACUCGUGGAAUGGAUGUUGAAGGGGUAAGAAAUGUCAUUAAUUAUGACAUGCCCAAAUACAUAAAGACCUAUGUUCAUCGAGCUGGCAGGACUGCAAGAGCUGGCCAGACUGGGCGUUGCUUCACGUUGAUGUCUAAUGAUGAGGUUGGACGAUUUAAGAAGUUGAUGAAAAAGGCCGAGGCUAGUGCAUGUCUUGAGCAUACUAUUCCAUCCUGUUUGAUAGAAGCACUUCAUAGUACCUACCAAUCAGCGCUGUCAAAACUGAAGGAGAUAAUUUUGGAGACCCGGAAGAAACCCAAGGAUAAGUCUUGUCAAUAG